AAGGAGCCGCCUCCCCGGGCAUCUGCUGCGCCCGCGGCCUCCGCCGCCUCCUCCUCCUCCCCGGCCGGAUCCUCGCAAGGCGGUGACGCAGUAGCGGCGGCGGACGGCGGGCGUGGAGCUGCCAGCGGCGCCGGACAGGAGAAUACCUUUGGCUCCUCUGACUCUUGGUGGGUGAAGGAAGAAAGGGCCCUCUUGUCCAAGAUGGCAACCAGGCGGCUUCGUUCUGGAGACCUGGCCCGCUUUUGCCAAAAGCUCAACCGGGUGAAGACUCUGCAAGAUGACCUCAUGGAGACCUCCUUCAACCGUUGCUUGAGCACAGUCGACUUGACACUGCUGGGCAUUGGCGGGAUGGUGGGCUCUGGCCUCUAUGUGCUGACCGGCACUAUUGCUAAAGAGACAGCUGGACCGGCCAUCGUGGUGUCCUUCAUCAUUGCGGGCAUCGCCUCUCUGCUGGCUGCCCUCUGCUAUGCGGAGUUUGGUGCCCAGGUGCCCAAGACGGGCUCUGCGUACAUGUUCACCUAUGUCUCAGUGGGUGAGAUCUGGGCCUUCCUCAUCGGCUGGAAUGUCAUUCUGGAGUACAUGAUUGGUGGGGCAGCAGUGGCCAGAGCCUGGAGUGGCUACCUGGAUUCCAUUUUUGACCACAGGAUCAAGAACUUCACGGAAGCCCAUGCUGGCACUUGGCACAUACCCUUCUUGGCCCAUUAUCCGGACUUCUUGGCAUCUGGCAUUGUGCUCAUUGCCACGGCCUUCAUUUCCUUUGGUGCCCGCUUCUCCUCUUGGCUCAACCACGUCUUCUCGGCCAUCAGCAUGGGCGUCAUUCUCUUCAUCCUGGUCAUGGGGUUCAUCCUGGCCAAGGCCCAGAACUGGAGUGCCAGUGAGGGAGGAUUUGCCCCUUAUGGCAUCUCUGGCAUCAUGGCCGGCUCAGCCACGUGCUUCUAUGCCUUUGUGGGCUUUGAUGUUAUUGCCACAUCCAGCGAGGAGGCCCGGAACCCGGAAAAGGCCAUUCCGAGGGCCAUCGCCAUCUCACUGAGCCUUGCCACCGGAGCAUAUAUCCUUGUGUCCAUGGUGUUAACGCUGAUGGUGCCCUGGCAUUCGCUGGACCCUGAUUCAGCCUUGGCCGACGCCUUCUACAAGAGGGGCUAUUCCUGGGCAGGUUUCAUUGUGGCCACCGGUUCCAUUUGUGCCAUGAACACCGUUCUCCUCAGCAACCUCUUCUCCCUGCCUCGGAUUGUCUACGCCAUGGCCGAGGACGGUCUCUUUUUCCAGGUGUUUGCCCGCGUUCACCCCCGCACGAAGGUGCCCGUGGUGGCUAUCGUGGUGUUCGGCUUCCUCAUGUCUGUCCUCUCGCUCAUCUUUGACCUGGAGGCCCUGGUCCAGUUCCUCUCCAUUGGCACACUCCUGGCCUACACCUUUGUCGCAGCCAGCGUGAUCAUCCUGCGCUUCCAGCAAGGCAAGACGGAAGCUCAGGAGGCCGCCGGGAGGAGCGAGGCCAUCCAAGCAACGGCUGAGCCUGUGGGCGCUGCCGAACCCAAAGAAUACGAGUCUUUCUCAGAUAAGCUGCAGCUGGUGGGCAAAGAGAAAGCGGGCAGGGUGCGUGAACCAGGGCAGCUGAAGGCAGCCUUCGAACCCUACUUGGAGUUCCUCAGUGAUUUCUACCCUGGUGAAGUGGUCACCGUGGCCGUGGUUGUCCUCAUGGUGUCGGCCCUCUGCUUGGCAUCCAUCCUGGUCUUUGGAAAGACACAGCUGCACCUGCCCACCUGGAGUUACGCCUUGCUCAUCCUGCUCUCCAGCCUGGCUUUCACGGGCAGCCUUGUCCUCAUUGGUGUCCAUGAGCAGAAGCCAACCUCCCAGACCUUCCAGCUUCCUCUGGUACCGCUGACGCCUGCCCUGAGUAUUUUCAUCAACCUCUUCCUCAUGCUGAAGCUCAGCUACAUGACCUGGCUGCGUUUCUCCAUCUGGUUGGUGGCAGGCCUGCUGGUGUACUUCAGCUACGGCAUCUGGCACAGCAAAGAGAACCUGCGGGACUCCCCGACACAGGAAACCCGAGCCCGCUAUGUGGUCUUCCCGAGCAGCAGCUUGGAGGAGACGGUGCAGACAGUGCAGCCCAGGACGGAGCCAGCCCAGGGCCUGCCAGAUGCCCAGGAGAGUGGCGAAGAAGCCAAGAGAUGACCUGGGAGGGUCCGGCAGAGGCCCUGCUUCCCUCACCCACCCAUCCCAUCCCGCCCGUUGCUCUCCAGUCUGGUCAGAGAAGAGCACAGGCAGGAAAGUCUGGGGAGAAACCAACCUUUUACUGCCGGGGGGGGGGACUCCCCCACUUCUCCUCUCUUACCUGGCCUCGCUUCUCUGACCGGAAAACUGAACUCACCUGUUUGCCGGAUGCUCUUCAGAAACGGCUCCUUCGCUUGUGCCCCAGCUAAGCCACCCUCUCCUGUGCCUCCUUUGUGUCAUCCACUUGCUCCCCUUCCCUCCCUCUCCAACCUGCCCUCCAAGGGGCAGUGCCAGGCCUGCCAUUUUGGGGUCUUGAUCAAUCAGUGGAGGAAGGCAGGGUGUGUGAUGUAUGCCUGGAUGCUUGGAUGGGCUCCUGCAGGGCAGGGACAGGGCUGUCAGAAUGACAGACUGAGAUGAGCUGAUUUCCCAGUUUUGAUCUCAAACAGAGUCCUUGACCACUAACAAAGGCACAUCUGAGAGCCCAGAUAUCUCUCUCUUGCACAGACCAUGGGAUGUAAUCAUCACACC